UUUACAUUAUUUUUUCACAGGGGAGCUGAUCACAGCCGCAUAUGAGCUUGGAGUUGCCCAUCCUCCUGGUUACCCUUUGUUCACUCUGCUGGCCAAACUGGUAAUUGGUCUGUUCCCUUUUGGUUCCAUUGCCUACCGAGUAAAUCUUCUUUGUGGCUUAUUGGGAGCAGCUGCAGCAUCCUUGUUUUAUUAUACAGUUUUCAGGGUUUCUAAAUUGACUCAAAUACCAGAAGUCAUCCUCUAUGCUGGAAAGAAAUACUGUGUGAUGCUUGCUAGCCAUUGGCUAUGGAGGAAGUGCAUUCUCUACCUUGCAUCAUGUACAGUAUGGCUUUCUGGCUCAUGUGCUGGAGGAAUCCUUGCUGCGGGGGUGUUUUCAUUUUCUCGUCUAACAUGGCAGUGGUCCAUUGCAGCCGAGGUUUUUAGCUUAAACAAUCUGUUUGUGGGGCUGCUUAUGGCACUUACUGUACAUUUUGAGGAGGCAGCCGCUGCGAAGGAGAGAUCAAAGAUAUCGAAAAUUGGUGCCUUUUGCUGUGGGCUUAGUUUGUGCAAUCAGCACACCAUAGCGCUGUAUGUGUUGUGCAUCGUACCCUGGGUUCUGUUCCAACUUUUCAAACGGAAGGAACUGUCCCUUGGCCAUUUGCUGAAGUUGGGCUUAUGCUUCUUGGCUGGUUUGCUGCCUUAUCUCUAUCUGCCUAUCUCAUCCUACCUAAAUCAAGCACGCUGGACGUGGGGAGACCAGAUGACUUUGCAAGGAUUUUUGACCCACUUUCUCAGGAAAGAAUAUGGGACAUUCAGCCUGGCCAAAUCGGAGACAGGAUCCCAUAUGAGAGAAAUGUUGCUUUUUCAGGUAACGCACAUGAAAACAGAACUUGCCUAUGCUGUCCCGGCCCUUGCGAUCGCGGCGUGUUUAUGUACAGCAGUGCCGGGUAAGCUGGAGAAGUCAUCAGUGAUAUGGUUAUUUACUGGAAUGCUCUGCGUUUAUUCGCUAUUCUUUGCUUGGAGGGCAAAUCUGGAUAUUACAAAACCACUUUUUAUGGGUGUGGUGGAACGGUUUUGGAUGCAGAGCAAUGCAGUGGUUGCUGUCCUAGCGGGGCUAGGACUCGCCUCUCUUAUCUCCCUUGGAAAUACAGUGCUUGAGAACAGUCGUCUGCUGCACUGCAUAGAGUGGCUUGCUGCUGCUGCUCUUGUUUCUAGUCAACUGUAUGCCAGUUACAGCAUUUGUGACCAAAGCAGCAAUGACGUAGUCGAUAAAUUUGCAAGGAACCUUUUGUCCUCCAUGCCAGAGGAUGCAAUAAUCUUGGUCAGAGGAGACCUACCAGGGAAUUCUCUUCGUUACCUUCAUUAUUGUGAGGGAAUGAGGCCUGAUGUUACGUUAGUGGAUCAAGAGAUGAUGACUUAUGCGUGGUAUUUACCAAAGAUGGCUAAACAUUUGCCUGGCGUGUCUUUUCCUGGGAGGCGGUGGAAUCCUGUGGAAGGAAUAUUACCUGAUGGAACACUCACAUUUAAUCUCCAUCAUUUUCUCAAAGUAAAUAAACACAAGGAAGCAUUUGCGUGCAUCGGGCUUAACGAAGGGGACUCAACGUGGAGAAAAAGUUAUUCGCUUUGGCCCUGGGGCUCCUGUGACAAAUUGGUUCCUUCCGAAAUUGUUUUUAACCCAGGAGAGUGGAUUCGUCUUACAAGAAAUAUCUACAACUGGACUGAAGAGUAUGGAAGGUUUGAUCCAACUUCAUGGGAAGCUGUCGCAAAUGAAGAAAUGUGGCAAGCCAGGAUGAAAACCGCCUUCUUUGUCUUCGACCUGGCCGAAACUGCUAGUGUGUCUGCAGAUAUAAAAUCCCAGCUUUAUACAUUUGCAUAUGAUUCAUACAAGGAAAUCAUCAGUUUGCAUAAAAAACACCCGGUCAAUUGGCAUAAAAACUAUGCGAUAGCUUGCGAAAGGAUGCUGCGGCUCCCUAAGGUGGAUGUGGACCCCGAAGUGUUGUUGUCUGAAACAGUAAAACAUUUCCUCCUCUAUACGGAAAAAGCAGAGGACGAUCCACAACGAGCGGAUAUUUUGCAGGCUGUAAAACACCUGAAGGCAGAGCUGCAGGGACUGAGAAAAAUGAAAAGAGAUUUGAAGUGGCGAGUUGUAUAGAACCCUUUUGUGGACCUGCUUUCUGGAGUGUUAAAAGUUCUGAAAUUGGGAGGUAAAAUUGAAUCAGUCCUUAACUACAUCAGAACGUUCUGUAAAGACAACAGUAGUAAUAGCAGAAGGAAAUCAAGUGGUCUCCUGGAUGACAAUGUAGCACUGGUCUGUCUUUUGGUGUUGCCAAAUGAAGAAUUCUGGUACCCAGCAUGAGUUUCACAUUGAUUUGCGUAGAAGAAAAUGUUACCAAAUUAAGCACUAUGGGGAAAUCCAAAAUACCGUGCCUGCAAAUACAUCCAUUGAUUUUAUUGGAUAUGUAUAAUUACUUCAUAAAUAUAUGAAAUUCAUUUCCCAUUAACAAUUCCAUUUGUGGUCGAGUUCUAGCUAUGUAAAAUAUUAUUUUGUACUGUAUUACACACUACUGAGAGGGGGGGGGACUCUAUAAUCAACAGGAGUUUGGGAUAGAAGAUCAUUACCCUUCCUGAGUAAAGCCAUGAUUGAGUUACACAGGUUAUCCAGAAAGUGCUGGUACAACCUUUAUACCUUAUGACACACUAACCCCUCCUGUAGCUGUCAUAGAUAUGUAUUCAAAGUGUUAGAAAUGGUGUUAGCUGAACUACUCUUUCUUUCCUGUAGAGCCGAGCGAGUUGUUUACAAUGAAUCUGUAUCAGGCUCAACGAACCAAUAAAAUUAUCUACAAAUGACCUAAAAUAGCUGUUCUGUA